AUGCCCGUGGCUACGCCGCCAGGUUGGAAUCCUCAUCUAGCGGGCAUGGCAAUUAGCGCCAUAUUCCCACCUGAUCAACGAGACUCCACGCCGUCGAAUAAUGCUGGUCUACAGCGAUCAAGUGAACCGGCUCCCCAGUCGCCGUCUCUGUCGACGAUAGCGAUGGGGAUGACUUCGUCCACCGCGCGGCUAGUCCCGUCGCAGUCGGAUGUUGUGAGGCGAAGUCGAGCGACCGCUGGGAUGGCUGGGAUUGACGGCGCUGCGACUGGUGACGGCUACGCGUAUGUGGCGGAGUAUCGGAUUGAUGGUCGGCUGGGACCAAGGCAGUCCCCUGUUGCCGCCGUGGAACAGGACUGGUUCUUUGCGCGAGAUGUCAGCGCGUUGCUGAUUAUCCCGGCUACGGCGUUGUUAUGUGGAAUAACGCAUGGACGCAGCGAACGCGCG